GGGGGUGGGGGAGGCAUGCGGGCUCCGGAGGAGUGAGACGGCACCGGAGGAGUGAGACGGCAUCAUCAUCAUCUUCAUCAUCAUCAUCUGCUGCUGCUGCUGCUGCUGCUGGAGCACUUGACACCUCCACGAACGGCGGCGAGCGUGUCGUGCGCGAUCGCGGCUCUGCAGACACGCCAAGGCCGCUCCAUGGCACCCUAAUCCCCCCCCCUCCUCCUCCUCCUCCCCUCCUUCUCCUACACCUCCUCCUCCGGCAAGCCCUCCGUGCGGAUCGCGAUUUAAUAGAGGAGAGGGGUUUAAUAAUCCCACUGAGACAUUUUACAUCUGAAGGGGGGUGGGUGGGUUGAAGGGGAGAGGGGGGCAACGCAAAAAGGUGCGCUGUUUCCGAUUUUUGAUUUCCCGGAUUUUUUCUUUUCUUUUUUUUUGCGAUGGACUGGCAUGGCAUGGCACGGCUCGGAUUCCUCCUGCUGGCGCUGCGCGGACUGCGGGGGCUGAGCGCCGCCUGCCCCGCCGCCUGCACCUGCACCGUGUCGCGAAUCGCGUGCGUCGACGGAGCGUCGCCGAGCAUCGAGGAUUUCCCGCUGCUCACGCUGGACGACAUGGAAAACAUCACCGACAUAUACAUCGCGAAUCAAAACAGGCUGUUUGAGCUCAACGACAACAGUUUGAGGCACUACAUAAACCUCCGAAACUUAACAGUGACAAGGACCAGAUUGACGUUCAUAUCCCCGGAUGCCUUUUACAAUAAUACAAGACUGCAAUACGUGAAUUUGCGAGACAACAACCUGUCAACACUGUCAUGGAGGACCUUCCAGAACUAUAACAUCUCCUAUUCUCUCCUGCUGUCUGGAAACCCUCUGGACUGCAUCUGCGAGAACCUCUGGAUCAAACUGAGGAGCCAAGAGGAACCCGAGAGCCAAGAUCUACAGUGCAAGGACGAACAAGGAGGGACAAAAGCCUUCGCCACGCUCACGCCGCCUGACUGCGUGGUUCCUCAAGUAGAGGUCACCCCUACAGUGGUGACCGAGGAGCAAGGUAGCGACGUCGAAGCGUUGUGCAGCGCCUCAGGCUCGCCGACUCCGGACAUCCAGUGGAACCUGGACAUGGUCUUCUCGCACUAUGAGAUUGACCCCAUGGAGAUGGCAAACAGGCUAACCCUAUCCAAUCUAUCCCCCGAGGACAACGGUCUGGUGAUCACGUGCACGGCCGAAAACAUGGUGGGUCAGACGGAGGCCACGCUGCAGCUCAACAUCCUCUUCGCCCCCGUCAUCCAGCAGCUGCUGGAACCGGAGCAAGGCCACCACUGGUGCAUCCCCUUCAGCAUGACGGGCAACCCCAAGCCGGCGCUGCAGUGGUACUUUGAAAACGUGACACUGCAGGAGCAGGACUACAUCAGGACCAUGAUCCACCAGUCCACCAAGAGCGAGUACCACGGUUGCCUGCAGCUGGUCAACCCCACGCACAUCCACAAUGGCAUUUACCGCCUGGUGGCCACCAAUAAGUACGGCAGCGACGAGAAGAUGGUGGCGGCGCAAUUCAUCGACCCGCCGUACGACCACAAAGAAGAUAUUUUCUACUACUACACCACUGACUCACCAUUGCCGCCAAUGGAUGACAGCAUUGCUGUUUAUGUGGUGGUGGGAAUCGCCGGGGUGGCUUUGAUGGGCUGCGUUCUGAUGGUGAUUAUUCUCAAAUAUGGAAGGAACACCAAGUUUGGAAUUAAAGGCUCCUCGUCGGUCAUCAGCAACGACGACGACUCGGCCAGCCCUCUCCACCACGUCUCCAACGGCAACAACACACCCUCGUCCUCCGAGAUGGCGCCCGACGCUGUCAUCAUCGGCAUGACCAAGAUCCCCGUCAUCGAGAACCCGCAAUACUUUGGCAACUCCGGCAGCAUGCUGAAACCAGACACGUUCGUGCAGCACAUCAAGCGACACAACAUAGUGCUGAAGCGCGAGCUCGGCGAGGGCGCCUUCGGCAAAGUAUUCCUGGCCGAGUGCUACAACCUCACGCCCGACCACGAGAAGAUCCACGUGGCCGUCAAAACACUGAAGGAGGCUAGCGAGAGCGGGCGUGCCGAUUUCUACCGGGAGGCGGAGCUGCUCACCAACCUGCAGCAUGAGCACAUCGUCACCUUCUACGGAGUCUGCGUUGACAGCGACCCCCUCAUCAUGGUCUUUGAGUACAUGAAGCACGGAGACCUCAACAAGUUUCUCAGGUCCCACGGUCCGGACGCGGUGCUGAUGGCGGACGGGCAGCACAGCAUCCUGGUGGAACUGACGCAGUCGCAGAUGCUGCACAUCGCGCAGCAGAUUGCCGCCGGCAUGGUCUACCUGGCGUCGCAGCACUUUGUGCACAGAGACCUGGCCACCAGGAACUGCCUGGUGGGCGAGAACCUACUGGUCAAGAUUGGGGACUUUGGCAUGUCCAGAGACGUCUACAGCACAGACUACUACAGAGUGGGCGGCCACACGAUGCUGCCCAUCCGGUGGAUGCCCCCGGAGAGCAUCAUGUACCGACGCUUCACCACCGAGAGCGACGUGUGGAGCCUGGGCGUGGUCCUCUGGGAGAUCUUCACCUACGGCAAGCAGCCCUGGUACCAGCUCUCUAACAACGAGGUGAUCGAGUGCAUCACGCAGGGCCGUGUGCUCCAGCGUCCGCGUACCUGCCCCAAGGAGGUUUACGACCUGAUGCUGGGUUGCUGGCAGAGGGAACCGUACACGAGGCUCAAUAUCAAGGAGAUCCACGCCAUGCUCCAAAGCCUCGCCAAGGCCUCCCCCGUCUACCUGGACAUAUUGGGCUGAGGUGAUCGCUCCUACUGUACAGUACAUGUGUGCGUGUGUGUGAGGGGAGGGGGGGGGGCGUGUACAGGUAAUGGGCGCAUCAAUGUCCCCUGUAAAUGUUAACUGUCGUCAGUGCGUUGAGAAAAAGCCUUAAAUUCGGGACUCCUAUUUGCUUUCAAAUCCCUCGCCAUGCGUUCAGUAGCAGGCAGGUUUCGACAGGGGGGAGCCACAAUGCAUUCUGGGUCACGUGACAAAAUGGCUAAUUACGUUUUUUGUUUGCGCAAACAAAAUACAUAAAUAGAGCUUUCUCCUUAAAUAUUCUUUUUUAAACAAACGUUCCGUUUCGCGUGGAAAUUCAAAGACAUAAACCAUUUCCCCACAUUUUAUUGUGCAUUAAUAUACAACUAAAUUAUUUUUGGUAUAAAUCGAACAACUAUUGACUUAAUACACGAUUUGUUUCAAACAAAGGCUUUACAUUUCAAAGACAUUUUUCCCACUAUUUUUUAACUCUCUACACACCCUCUGUAUUGAAAUAUGACAGAUAAUGUACAUUUAAAACCUUCCCAAAAAAUGUUGCAAGACUUUUGAGCUCAUAUUAUUGCUUAUAUUUAAUUCGUAAUUUAAUUAAGAUUUGUCUUUUGUUGCAAACAAUACCCUGUGAUUGUAAGUAAUUAAACCUAGUAGAUGAUUCUUGUCUAUUAUUAAUUUGUUAUGAUUAUUUAUAAUCUUAUUCAUUUAUUAUUAUGAUUUUUAUUAUUUAGAAUUCCAACCAUUACAAAGCAUUUAAUAGCAGACCAUAUUUGGUGGGUUAAAACAAGAGUCCAGUCACCUCGGUAAAGGCCAUUAAAAAUACAAUAACACAAUAAUAUUCUAACAUAGGAUUAUGUACAUAAUGAUAAUUCUUUAAAAACUUGAAUUACUGAAAAAAGUACUUUAUAUGCAUUAAAAAAAAAGUGUGCAUAUUUAGUAAGUUAAAUCAAAAUGGAGACUACUGCAUUUAUUUGAUCCUCUCCCCGUCAAUGAUGUCACGUUUAUGUAAAUACCUUUCCGCAGACUGGCCAUGCAUAUACGACGACCAUGUGGUGUUUUCAAUGUUGUCACGAGUGCUUUAACCAAUUGUAUUAUUCCAUGUACUUCAAAAGCACACGGAUGUUGAGAUCUUGAGCUGUGUCUCUCGCCCCUCUCAAACAAAAAAAAAAAAAGAAGAGCACAGCUUACUUUAUAUUUAUAGGCUACAGAUUUAAUUUUUCAUCCAC